CGUUUUACCCUCUUCCUCUCGCUGUCCACAAGCAAGAUGCCUGGUGUCACAGUGAAAGACGUCAACCAGCAGGAGUUUGUCCGUGCACUGUCGGCUUUCCUGAAGAAGUCAGGAAAGCUGAAGGUCCCAGACUGGGUGGACAUUGUCAAGCUGGCCAAACACAAAGAGCUGGCCCCCAGCGAUGAGAACUGGUUCUACACCAGGGCUGCUUCCACAGUGCGUCACCUUUACCUGCGUGGAGGUGCUGGCGUGGGUUCAAUGACUAAAAUCUAUGGUGGCCGCCAGAGGAACGGUGUGUGUCCUGCUCACUUCAGUGUUGGCUCCAAAAAUGUGGCUCGCAAGGUGCUGCAAGCCCUUGAGCUUCUCAAGAUGGUGGAGAAGGACCCCAACGGUGGUCGCCGGCUAACUGCCCAGGGAACAAGAGAUCUGGACCGGAUUGCUGGCCAGGUUGCAGCUGCAAAGUUACCCCCCAAGGCCGCAACAGUUUAAUAAAUAUUUUUUGGAACAAGUGAAA